CUGUAACUGUUUAGUGUGCGUUAACUGCCGUUUACUACAAGUACCGCUACUGUGUCUGCUAGUGCUACUGCUAGUGUUUACCUUUGUUUUAUGCCGUGAAUCAAGAAAUGUUGACCUAAAUUUGGUGGCGGGCUUUAAAAAUAAUUGCUGCUUUUCUUUUGUGAAAGAGCAUCCACUGUUUCUAAACAGAAUGCACUUAUCAAAGCUAAAAUUCUCCUUGCCUAUCUUCCACUAUUAAAAUAUGGCAACCAUGACACAAUGGCAAGUCACAUGUAGAUCAAUGAGCAUGGAAUAAAAAAAUGUGUAAGGACCUAGCUACCUAGUCUGGAGAUUUACAGGAUAGAGCACAUCUAAGCAGCAGCUCAGUACCUGUAAUGUAACGACUUUCUGGAUUAAUCGCCAAGGGUCAACUGUUGUAUCUUAGACUUGGAUAGUAAGAUGGAAGAAAAGGAUGCUGCCAAUAACUACUCUACAAGAUCGUGUCUACCUCCAUUCAGUUCUCUGGCAUCAACAUCCAAGGUUAUGAAUGGAGCAGUUCACUCAUUGACACAAUGCUCAGCAGCACCCAGGGCAUCGCUUGGGCCACCAUCUCAUCAAAUGCAAUCAGGGCCACCACCAAAUCAGAUUCACUCAGGGCCACCAUCUCAUCAAAUGCAAUCCGGGCCAUCGCCACAUCAGAUGCAAUUAGGGCCACAAUCUCAUCUGAUGCAUUCAGGGCCACCACAUCAGUUGCAAUCAGGACCGCCACUUCAUCAGGUGCAAUUAGGGCCAUCACCACAUCAGAUGCAAUCUGGGCCACAAUCUCAUCAAAUGCAAUCAGGGCCACAAUCUCAUCAAAUGCAAUCAGGGCCACAAUCUCAUCAAAUGCAAUCAGGGCCGCCACCUCAUCAGGUGCAUUUAGGGUCACCCCCUCACUAUGUCCAUUCAGGGUCACCACACUUCAACCAACACGAACAGAUGGGAAGGCCACAGCAGGCACCAAAUGACAGCCAGUGGUUUUCCCCACCAAUUCACUAUGAGGAUAAGUUUCCAGCCCAUCCAUAUUCCAACUCUUUCAUGCAGUCUCCGUUUCCCCAUGGCCCAUCUCCCUAUACAGUCAACCAGCCCACUUAUUUAGGCCACACUGCAUUUCCUAGUGCAACAGACCAGCCACCUCAGAUUCCUCUCAACCAGAUUGAGUCCUAUCUCUCAGCAGCCGAGCAGAAACCCACACAAGACUUUGAUGCUCAAAAUCAAGAUAAUGGUUUUAUGUACCCCUGGGAAAAGUCAAUAUAUAGAUCAGAUAAUCAGUAUCCUAACAAGCAAUUAUCUUCUAACUACCCAAAGAAUUCAGAAAAUUUAUUGAACUCCCCAAACAGCUUAACUAAAGAAGUAACAGCCAAUGGAUUUACUUCAAACACAAAAGCAGCUUUGCCUGGAUUUUCAUCAUUUGCGGUUAGUAACUCUGUGUAUAAUAGUCAUGUAUCAUAUCUACCAGGGCUAAUGACUAAUCAACCCAGUCAGGUGUCAGGUUCAUCCAAUGCCUCACAUAAUUACGUAGCACACGCCACAAAAACAAAUGCUGCUGCUAAAAAGCAAAGAACGGAAAAAAAGGACUCGCCAGCCAAAACAAAAGCUAAGAAAUCUUGUAAAAAGUUGAAGAAAACUCCAGCAGUAGAGGCUGAGACUGUGGCUAAUGGCCGCGGCUCCCCUGGUCCAUGCCUGUCCCCGACGUUUCUCGCAAGUCUUUCUUCUAAGAAAGUUUCAGCCAUGUGGUCAGCACCCAGUGUUUGUGUAGAUUUGGGGCAGCCAGAUCACCAGUCAUCUUCACAUUCCACCCCUCACCAUCUGACCAGUGGUCAGCACAACAACUCCCAAGUGCCUCUGCUGACAGUUGAACCUACCAGGUCACAGGCGCCUCACUCAAGCAGCUCCGCCAGAAAAAAUAAGAAACACAAGUUACCUGUAAUUUCUGACAAUGCUAUGUUAAAAGUUGACGUGAAGGAAGAAGAAAGAAGUCCGUCUCCUUGCCAGUUCUCCCCUGACUUUCUGGCCAGUCUGUCUUCAAAACGAGGUGAGAUAAAAACUCAACACAGCUCAUCUGAUAGCCAGGCUCUUGGUACAUCAGCUAGUAGACCUUACAUGAAAUCUACAAGCCUUGAAGUCUCAACUUCACACCAUAUCUCCGACAGCCGUGAUCCAAUUUCUCCAGGUUUUUUGGCAAGUUUAUCAGCCAAAAAACCUGAGCCGAUUGUCAGAACCAUAUCUUUACCUAAUCCCUCAACACCCCAGGACGUGCUAUACCCAUAUAAAUUUAAUGCUCUGUGCAGUCAAAGUUCUGACAUACAGGUCAACUCCCCCAACUGGUACCCAGUAUCCUCUGUUUACAAUGCAGGAGCAAACUUUCAAUACCCCACGCCUCCCAUGGAGGAUGAGGACAACAAAGAACAGUCCCCCGGGCUGUCCCCAUCAGUUCUGUCCCUGUCGUGCCCGUCCAGCAGCACCCCAGGUCUGGAGGAGUUCUCCAUGCCCACCCCACCCAGCAGUGCUGGGCCGACCCAGACUUCCCCAGCAGACAGGUCUAAGGAGGAUCAGACAAGCAGAAUUCUGGAGAUCAUUGCCAGAGAGAAGGUCAAGUUCCAGCACCAGCAUGUCAUGCCAGAGGUUAAGAGGAAGAAAAAGAAGAAAAAAGGCAAGGAAGGUGGCGCAAGUUCUGAAAUUAAACCAUUCAGUGAGGAACAAUUAGAGCAAACAUUCCACGAUCACCCGUUCAACAUGUCAAAUUUUAAACAAAAUGACAGUAACAAUUUCCAAGAGUAUUUUGAAAGAUCGGCUGUAUGCAACCAGCAGACCCCUGACAAGCCUUAUCAGAUGCAGAAUGGUGGCGUUGAUAACGCCAGGCAACACCAGAUGUCAUAUAUGCCUGGUAAAUCAAAUUUUGUUCAUGCCAAAACCACAGAGGAACUUGAGGGCCUGCACAGUGACCAUCAGCAGUUUGGUUCACAAAAGCCAGAUCCCAGGACAAGCAUGCAGUACUCAAGUAUUGGCCACAGUGUGAGUAAUCCUGCGUCUCCACUGGUUGGAAAAUCUGACCCAUACGCUUUUGACGAUUCAGACCAAAAGACAGAUGAGAUUGUGCUGAAACGUAGCAAAGCUAAACAAGUACACUUGCACCACAAGCCAGCAACAGCUGACAUUAACGACUCUGACCCUACAGCUUCACUAAAGUCCAGUUUAAAUGCUGAAGAUAUUAAAUACACUCAAACUUCCGCUCAGAACAUCAAAACUGAGGUAGUAUCAUCAAAGUUUUCCCAGUGUCAGCAAGCCUCAUCAUCUGAACAAACUAACAGACUAGCCCACCCCAUUCCCUUGGAACAUACCUACACACUCCAAACCAACUCAAAUGCACAGCAUGACUUCAGACUAUCAGAUAAAAUGGUGAAACAGGAAUUAGAGAAUAACCAACUCCCAGGUUCUUUUAGUCCCAGCCAUCAUUCCCUUUACAACAACAGUGCACAGUUUGUGAAAAUAGAACCGAGCUACAGUGAUUGUGGCAAAAAGAAAAGAGGCCGGCCAAAGUGUGGCAGCACUGAAACUAAACCAAAGGCACAGAAGUACAAGCUGAGUGAGAAAAAAUGUGUGGCGCCAGCUCCCAAACUUGAGUACACGGUCAACGGGGCCCAGGUCAAGCCUGAAGACAUUAAACUUGACCAGUCUCUUGUGGACAGGUUAGCCAACAACUUGAUGGAGGUAGCUGACUGCACUUGUCUCAGUCCUGAUCAUAUUCCAAGUGAGGCUAUAGAAGGUCCUUACUAUACCCAGCUGGGGGCUGCACGGGAUAUACCAGCAGUUAGAAAAAUUAUGGAGCAGAGAACUGGGGCUAGUGGGUCAGCCAUCAGAAUUGAGAAAGUCAUCUUCACAGGGAAGGAGGGCAAGAGUAAAGAAGGAUGUCCAGUGGCUAAAUGGAUAAUUCGCCGGUCUGGUCCAGAUGAGAAGUACCUCUGUAUAGUGAGGAAAAGGCCAGGCCAUUUCUGUGAUACCUCUGUUAUUAUAGUGGUCAUAGUUGCCUGGGAGGGAGUGAUAGCAGAGCAGGCAGAUUCUCUCUACGAUUUUCUCAUCACAACCCUACCCAAAAGUGGGCUUGAGACUGACAGAAGAUGUGGACUUAACGAAAAGAAAACAUGUGCCUGUCAAGGAGUGGAUCUACUCAGGCGUGGUGCCUCCUUCUCUUUUGGCUGUUCCUGGAGCAUGUACUACAAUGGUUGUAAGUUUGCUCGCAGCCAGAUUGCAAGAAAGUUUAAACUCAAGGAUAUGACCCAUGAAACUGAUCUCACAGAAAAGCUGGAACAGCUGGCAAAUGAUGUCUCGCCCCUCUACAGCAGAUUAGCUCCAGAUGCUUUUAGAAAUCAGACCCAGUUUGAGAGGCAGGCUGAAGACUGUCGAUUAGGUACAAGGCCUGGCCGGCCCUUCUCAGGUGUGACUGCAGUGGUUGACUUCUGCUGUCACAGUCAUAGGGAUUGUCACAACAUGAACAAUGGAAGCACAGUGGUUGUCAAUUUAACAAAACAUCGUGGUUUUGAAAAGCCUGAUGAUGAGCAGUACCACGUCCUGCCCUUGUACAUCCUGGACCAGACGGAUGAAUUUGGCUCCAUGGAGGGACAGCUGGCAAAGGUCAGACAGGGGUCGCUAGAAGUCUUGUCUCGCUACAUGACCGAGGUGCGCAUGCGCUCGACACCUUACAGGCCAUGCAAGAGGAACCGUACCACCCCCAAGAAACAAGGCGCCAAGAAAAGUCCUAAAAAGUUAAAACUACUCAAGUCCAUGUCGUUCCCACCUACAGACUACGACAGCCUUCCAUCUCCUUCAAAUGAGGUUGACACAAACGAUGUAUCCCAGAGCCCAUCGGGUGAGAGUUCAUUUGACUUGAGCUCCCCAAGCUCCAAAGACAGAAACCAGGAGAGUAUGACGUACAUCGAGCUGAUGGCCCAGCAGGGAACUCCAGGCUUCAACAACCUCUACAAGCAGUUCUGGGAUUACUUCUACACCCACGGGACCUUCCCCCCUAGAAAACUGGCUUUUGAGGGUGAAACCUCCCCAGCGCCAACUCAAACCCCAGCCAACGGCUUGGUCGCCAAGACAUCCCGCACAGUUUUUCAACCCUCUUCCACGGACCAGAUGUUUUUACACUUGCAGCAACAGCAGAAUGUUUUCAGUGAAAACUCCCACCAACUACGGCAGCAACAGAAUAUCUUUUUUAACUCAGAGAAACAACAGCACUCAAGGCAGCAGCACCCUGUUUAUAAUGCUCAAGAACUUCAGCAGCAAGGUAACAAUGUGUUCAGUGACAACUUCAGUAAACAACAUCCUCAAAGGCAGCAAGCUACAGCAGCAUCCUCACCACAGUCAUCUUUAACAUCCCCGUCAUCUGAAGCGACAACAUCAGCCCGAGGUCCCCCACCCAAAGACUUGCUACCAUCAUUGAAUGAAUCUUGUUUCACACCAUCUCCAUCAUCUCAUCACCAUCAUCCGCCAUCCCCUGCCAUCUCUUCACCGCCUGUGUACCGCAGCACACCCACCACUUUAAACCAACCUCAGUGGGAUCAGAAAGAGAAGCCUUCACAAUGUGAAACCACCACAACCCCCCACCCCACAUACUCCCACCCCCACCCCACACACUGUGAAACCGCGACACACACCCACACCAGCCUCCAGCAAACAGUUUCUUCCCCCACACCACUGAAACCCCCACCCUCAUACAGCGAGUCCUUACAAACAAAAGAGACAAACCCUCCACCUUAUAAAGACAGCCUCUCACAAGACCUAGCUCAGUUCUCAACUGCCCAGCCAACAUCUAAUGCUACAGUUCCACUCACCAGGUCAGAGUUUAGCUCUCUAGACAGAUCCAGCUACUUGCCACAAAAUGCUACACUUGACCAGGGGUUUAGUCGGCCGCUGUAUGAAACACAUAGAUCACAGUUCUGCCCAACCUAUACACAUAGGCUACAAUCUCAGUUGAGUGACCCUGGCUACACAGACAGACUACAGACUCAAGGUAGUGACCUGAACUAUACAAACAGACUACAGUCACAGUUAAGUGACCCAGGAAAUACAGACAGAAUACAAACUAGUGACAAUACCUACAUAAACAGACUACAGUCACAGUUUAGUGAUACUGGCUAUACAUUUAGGCCACAAUCAAAUGACCCCAACAUAACACACAGAACACAGUCGAAUGACCCCAACUUUAUGCACAGACCACAAUCAAAUGACCCUAACUUUACGCACAGACCACAAUCAAAUGACCCCAACAUAACGCACAGACCACAAUCAAAUGACCCCAACAUAAUACACAGACCACAAUCAAAUGACCCCAACUUUACGCACAGGCCUCAAUCAAAUGACCCCAACUUUACGCACAGACCACAAUCAAAUGAUCCCAACUUUACGCACAGACCACAAUCCAAUGACCCCAACUUUACGCACAGACCACAAUCAAAUGACCCCAACUUUACGCACAGACCACAAUCCAAUGACCCCAACUUUACGCACAGACCACAAUCCAAUGACCCCAACUUUACGCACAGACCACAAUCCAAUGACCCCAACUUUACGCACAGACCACAAUCCAAUGACCCCAACUUUACGCACAGACCACAAUCCAAUGACCCCAACUUUACGCACAGACCACAAUCCAAUGACCCCAACUUUACGCACAGACCACAAUCCAAUGACCCCAACUUUACGCACAGACCACAAUCCAAUGACCCCAACUUUACGCACAGACCACAAUCCAAUGACCCCAACUUUACACACAGACCACAAUCAAAUGACCCCAACUUUACACAUAGACCACAAAACCAGCCAUCUUCUGUGAAUGAAGAUCGUAGACAGCAAUUUCCUUGUUUGGCACAGUCUCAGAAUUCAGGUCAAACCAUGAACACAUCAAGUGACAGCCCACUUGCCAUAGGUCCUAAAAUAAUUAGCACACUCAUGAGCCAAUCACCAGUUAAGGCCAGUUUUCAGUCCAGUCCAGCGGGUGCUAAAGCUGACCAGGGGGCCCUGGAUUCUAACGGGCACCCUGUGAUUGGGGAGAGGGUCAAGGUGCACAAGUCUGAGGGUUUUGUUGUCCCAACACUAGGUCAAGGCCCCAGGGAGCCCCCCUACCAGGUGAUAGACUCCACCAUCAUCAGUGUGGAGACAGAUGACAACAAGGAAGUCUUUGAAGACCCCGCUGUUGGGGGAGUGGCCAUUGCCUUGUGCCACGGGGCUGUGCUGUUUGAAGUGGCCAAGAGAGAGCUGCAUGCAACUACAGCGCUGAAAGAACCCAACAGGUACCAGCCCAAGCGCAUCAGCCUGGUGUUUUACCAGCAUAAAAAUCUGAACUUAUCCAAGCAUGGAUAUGAUGAGUAUGAAAGGAAAGCUGAAGAAAGGAAGAGUCAAGCGGAGCAGGCCCGGCUCAUUGAAGAGAUGGAAAGUAACGGAUUCUUUAAAGGGGAGCUGACUGAACUGGCUUCUUUCCCCAACCUGACCAAAGGAACUUUUGGCAAAGUUUUUAAUUUCCCAGAAACAAAGAAGACUUUGUUUCCCUUGAGGUUCCCUCGUUACCUGGAUUCCUCCCCCCUGGACCAGGUGACCCCCGUCAUGUUUGCCUGUAUGUCCAUAGCCUUCCCCAAGUACAUGAAAGAAGCUUUCCCACGCCCAUCGUGUGUUCCCAGGCUAAUGAAUGGCAGGACCCCAGUCAAGAUGAGCUCGACCCUCUCUGACCAGAGAAAGCCAGAGCAUCCAGUGGAUGAAGAGAGUUUAAAAUUUCUGGUGGAGAAGCUGGAAGAAUGUGGUGGGUCCUACAAAGAAAUCAGUUCUGCCUGGAAUCCCAACAUGCCACUGUGUGCCUCCAUCACAACAAAUAGUGUCAUCACUAGAUGGGUUCAUGAAGACACCAGUGUGACCGGGCCGUAUAACAAAUGGGUAGAGCUGUCUGAGGAUAAGAGCACAGAGGAGUUAGAAGAAGAUGCCUCGGAGGCUGACCUGAAGGCCAAGAUGUUUGAGAGCCUGUCUGAGCUGGAUGAGCAGGUGUUUUUGAGGAACUUAAACCCAGGUGUGUUGGAACCUGAGGUGGAAGAUGUGCCGAAUGUGUUUAAGUUCGCUGGGAACUUGACUCCGCUCAAGGUGAUAGAACAUGAGCCGUACCCCUGCCAUGAUCUGGCCAGUGUGGUGGUGUCCUUAGACCACAGCCAGGAUCAGCUGCCUAAAGAUUUUGACCAGUCCCUCAACUAUUUGAUGAAGAGUGCCAGCGACAGGGCCAACGGGGGUAAAGUCCAGAAGGAAAUGGUGCCUGGGUCACCUAGAAGAGACGUCACAGGUACAGUAGAGUUGAGCCGGGUAGAUUUGUCCAAAUCUGUACCCACCACCUACGCUCAACUGGCAACCAACACCUCAAGUCCUGCUAGCUCUGUCACAACCAGCUCAGACACACAGCUGUCAAUCAGCCACGAUGGGAACACCAAAGACCAACCAACCCAUGGCUUGGAGCCUGACCAUGUCCCAUCAAGUGACCCUCCCACUGCCAGUCUCGCCGACAACCAAAAGGCCAGCCAAAAUUUGAUGGAGUCCAGACAGCGCCAGAGUAUCUAUGACUUCCUGAUGAAUGGCUUGACCCAGCCGUACUUGACCUCCAGCCAGUACCAAACCUACCAGAGCUCCAUUCCUGCUGAUGGUAACAGCCCCAUAGGAGUAAACAAGCCAGUACAGUAAACACCUCACACACUCAGUAGACUCGUAUUUAUGUCUGAACUUAAAUGGCACACGUAUUGUUAUUCCAAUUUAAUUGCGUCCAUUUACACUAUUGGUUUUAACCAUUGAGUUUUAAGAGAGAGAUGAUACCCCAGAAAAAUGGCAAAGUGAACCCACAAUUUACCAACUUGUGCAAUAGUGUGAUUGAUGUAUGUAUACCUUUACAUAGUCAAACCAGAUGUGUGCUUUAUAUACUCUUUUUCUAUCUUGUUUUAAAGUUAGCAUUUGAGGAUAUUUUUUUUCCCCAAUAUCAGCAGUCUAGCUACUGUUACACUGCCAUUCUAAAUAUUUGUUACAUUUCAUUUUGUAUUCUACAUUUUAAUUAUACUCUUUAAUAUAUUUUUAAUUAGUACAGCUCAGUAUAAAGCGUAAAAAAGGCUUUAUUAUGAAAAUGUAUUACUUUCUGUUUAUGCAGGAACAUACAGAAAUAUAUGUUAACUGACAAGAAGCACAUAUAGUUAGUCUAAUCUUGAAUUCCUUGAGCAGUUAAGAAUGGGUCAAGAUGAAAAGAUCUAUUUAUUGUGUGCGAGACUUCCAUUACACUCAUGGAAUACGGGUGACCAGUUCAUCUUUCAUUUAACCCAAUAUCUAUUGGUCAUGCUAGCGUUAGCAUAAUCUUAUCUUUUUAAACUACUUUGUUGGCACCAGCUUCUACAGAAAAUAUUUUUAUACUUAUUUAAUUCUUUUUUACUUCAGACUGUUUCUUUAAAAAUGGUUGAAACAAUUUUAAUUAAUGAAUGUUAGGAUUUGUUUUUUCCUUAGCUUCUUUUAGAAUGAAACAAGUUUUAGCAAACUGUAUUCUGGUUUAAUUUUUUACAAUUGAAUAGGGUCUAAAUUAGUAGAUCCACCAAUUUUUAUUUACAAAUUUUUUUAAUUUGCAUGUGAUAAAUAUUUUAAUGGUUGGGGGUGGACACUGAAUGAAUAUCCCUAACUUAAGUCGUUUGAAUAAUUUUUAUAAUUGUAUAGUUCAAGUUAUUUAUCUUUAAUUGUAAUUAAUCCCAAAUUGUAAUUAUUCCACAAUUGUAAUUUAGUCUUUCUUUUAACUGGAUACACAGGCAUAAUUGAAGACUGUGCUUCUGUAUGUAUUUGUUCAGCUUAUGUUAUUUUUGUUUGCUUCAGUUUAUUUGCUUUACACUUGUCAGAGGGUCCAUGUUAUUGUGGCUGUGAGAUGUGUGUCAGGUAGUUUCAAUGCUGUAAAUACCUUAAGCUUACAAAAAUAUUGUCUUCAUAUAUUUUACCAGUGUCAUGAAAACUUGGCUCAUGCUCUAUGAUGAAGGAUUUUUACACAACUUGCUGGUACAGUAGUUAUUACAUGCUCUAUGAUGUAGGAUUUUUACACAACUUGCUGGUACAGUGGGUAUUACUAUGAUAAAGGACUUUUUUACAUAACAUUUGAGCCUUUGAGUUUCCUGUCAAGUUGUAGUCACAAGCUUAACAAACCUGACUUAGGCUGUUGCACAAAGUCUGUGUAAGACAGAAUAUAAAGCCAAUGGCAGAGUAACUACAGGUUUGAGGCUACUAUAAGUGUACCUGAUGUUUCACAUACAAGUUGUUUUUUAAUAUAUUGUAUAUUUUUUUUAUCCUUGCAAGUAGUAUCAAUAUUUCAGCUAAAAAUGGCAAGCAUUUAUUUAUUUUAACAUUAUUUUUAAAGACUAGUUAUUUUAAUUGUACUUUUGUAAAUGUAUUAACUUUAUACAAAAUAGUUUGAACAUGAAAGUGUAUUUUUUAAAGGGUCAGGGUAAAAUCUGCUUAUGCUAGGGUUAAAAACGUCAACAACGAAGAAUGUAGCCAAUAAUAAGAGUGUGCCUUGUCUAUAAGCAGCAAAGAUAGAGCUGUCUGUGCAACCAGUCUCUCAGCUACUGCCAGUCAAUGUCAUUGCCUGCUUUGUCUGUCUGUCUGUCACUUGCACCUUGUCGCUGUGUUUGAGAACAGUAGACAUCUUGUUUUAAUUAGCACAAAAUGCUGAAUUGGUUUAUAGAACUAAUGGAGUUUUCUUUCUGUUUAGUGAAUUUUGUUUCUUAGAUGUAUUUGGCAGACUGGUCAGCUGUCCAUCAGUAUCAUUAGGCCAGUAAAACAGGUCUCACUUCAUCUUUUAUUAAUUGAAGCUGGUAAUCUAUACAGUGAGUUUGACCAAACACAUCACAUUCAGCAUUUUACUCUACAUUCUCAGGGAUUCUCACACUUUUCUCAUUUUACUGCAGUUAAAUAUUAUUUCACCUUAUUUUUACCUGCUCCGGCUUCUUGACACACUCAAGUGGCAUUAGUGUUCAAUGUGUUCGAUAUUUUAAUUAGACCUGUUUCAGGGCAUGCUACAAUUGUUUGAGUAGUGCCGCUACAGAAACUGUUGAAGAUUCAUAUCACUUUAUUAUACUGUAAAGUUUCUACAUACAUUUAUAUUUUUAUAUAUUACAUUGAUUGUAUAAAUAUCAGCAUUCUGUUUAUUAAGAAUUAAUCUAGAAGUAUUUCCCAUUUUAACAGUACACUUGAACAGUUAGUAAUAACUUUUGGGCUAUUUUAGUGGGUUUUCAAUAGCAAGCUUCUAGUUUAAUUUUGUAAGGAUCUCAGGCACAUUGUGAAACAUGUUCAUGUGUUGCCAUAAAAUUAUGUUCUCGGAAACAUGUUGCCACAUGUUCUGAGAACUCUGAAACAUGUUCUCAGGCACAUUGUGACCACGAAGAUUUGUUGUCACCAUAUUCUUAACUCAGGUACCUUGAGCUACAUUUCCACAUCUACUUUAAUCUUUAAUUAUAAGAAUCUGAGCAAUUUAUUAAUAGUUUACUGUAAAACUUUUCAGUUAUCUUCAGGAGUGGUACAUUUUAAUACUUUCCCAUAAGUGCUGUACAACUUGUUUAUAUACACUACUAAAUAUUACACAUUGGCAAGUUAUUUGUUUUUUAUUGUUCUAUUAUAGAAAUUAAAACUUUCUAUAUUGUAAUUAACUUUUAAAAUAUUUUGGUUUAUUGAAUUGGCCAGAUUUAAACCACAUAGUUUUGUCUGUUACAAUAUUGUUAUUGACUGUUUGCCUGAUUGUCUUAAUGAAUCUUGGGAAAUGUUCAGUCAAGCAAUUGUGUUGAUUCUCAAUAAAUAGUUUUUUGGAGC